AUGGCUGUCGUUUCGCGACUCAGCUCCUCGGCCAUCCGAGCUACCUUCACCAAGGCGCCAGCCUUCAACACCAAGCUAGCCGCUUUCCAGACUGCCAGGUACUACUCUGCGAAGUCUAAGACCCUCAAGGAGCGAUUCGGCGAGCUCAUUCCCGAGAAGAUUGAGGAGAUCAAGGCCCUUCGCAAGCAGCAUGGCUCGAAGGUCGUAGAUCAGGUCACCCUUGACCAAGUAUAUGGUGGUGCCCGUGGUAUCAAGUGCCUCGUCUGGGAGGGAUCCGUCCUCGACCCCGAGGAGGGUAUCCGAUUCCGCGGCAAGACCAUCCCUGAAUGCCAGGAGGUUCUUCCCAAGGCUCCCGGUGGCAAGGAGCCCCUCCCUGAGGGUCUCUUCUGGCUCCUCCUUACCGGCGAGGUCCCCACCGAGCAGCAGGUCCGUGAGCUCUCUGCCGACUGGGCUGCCCGCGCCGAGGUCCCCAAGUUCGUCGAGGACUUGAUUGACAACUGCCCCAACGACCUCCACCCUAUGGCCCAGUUCUCUCUUGCCGUCACCGCGCUCGAGCAGACCUCCUCGUUCGCCAAGGCCUAUGCUCAGGGUAUCAACAAGAAGGACUACUGGGGCUACACUUUCGAGGACUCCAUGGACUUGAUUGCCAAGCUCCCCACCAUCGCCGCCCGCAUCUACCAGAAUGUCUUCGGCGGCGGCAAGGUUGCCCCCGUCCAGAAGGACAAGGACUACGGUUUCAACUUCGCCAACCAGCUCGGCUUCGGCGGCAACGCCGACUUCGUUGAGCUCCUCCGUCUCUACCUCACCAUCCACACUGACCACGAGGGUGGCAACGUGAGCGCCCACACCACCCACUUGGUUGGUUCUGCUUUGAGCUCCCCUUUCCUCUCUCUCGCCGCUGGUCUCAACGGUCUUGCCGGUCCCCUUCACGGCCUUGCCAACCAGGAGGUUCUCAACUGGCUCACUGAGAUGAAGAAGGUCAUUGGCGACGAUCUCAGCGACAAGGCCAUCACUGACUACCUCUGGUCUACUCUCAACUCCGGCCGCGUCGUCCCCGGUUACGGCCACGCUGUUCUCCGCAAGACUGACCCCCGAUACACUGCGCAGCGCACCUUCGCCCAAGAGAAGAUGCCCGAGGACCCCAUGUUCAAGCUCGUCAGCCAGGUCUACAAGAUUGCCCCUGGUGUCCUCACCGAGCACGGCAAGACCAAGAACCCCUACCCCAACGUUGAUGCCCACUCUGGUGUCCUUCUCCAGCACUACGGUCUCACCCAAGCCAGCUACUACACCGUCCUCUUCGGUGUUUCUAGGGCCAUUGGUGUCCUUCCUCAGCUCAUCAUUGACCGCGCUGUUGGCGCCCCCAUUGAGCGGCCCAAGAGUUUCUCGACCCAGAAGUGGAUUGAGAUCACCAACAAGCUCUAA